AUGGCGGAGCCUGGCGGUCCGGCUGGCGGGUCUCACCUGGAACGCAAAUUGUCUUCUGAAGGAGAAGAGGACCAGAACGUUGAAGGCAACAGGGUAUCACCAAUAGAAAAGAGUAGUGACCAGAGAAAUGAGGAAGCUGAAGGUGCUACAGAGCAUUCUGAAGGGGAAAUCCAAAACGAUGGGGAAAUCACAGCCCAGGGGGAAAAUGGAGAUGAUGAAAAAGUUGAAAUCCAAGGGGAAAUGGAAACAGAAGAGGAAUUCGAAUUUGAAGAGGAACUAGACUCUGAUAUGGAAGCCACGUCCCCUGAAGGGGAAGUCAGUUUUCCAGAUCUGGUUUACUCAGACAUCAGUCCUGGGAAGGUACCCGGAAAUGAAGUUGGCUCCACACCCCCGCAUGAAAGAGCAAGGAGAAAAACAGGUCUUGAAGACAGAGACGCCCCUGGCCCAUCCAGAUCCAGAGGAGUGGGGGUCAUCUCCACAGAGCCCUCCCAGCAAGUAUCAGGCUCAUUUGAGCAAAUGGACCAGGAAUCCGGAGCACUCCGGCAGAAGGUCUUUCCUCUCGGGGCUCGGCACCGCCUCGGACAGAGUCGGGGGAGCAGUGACACAACCCUGGACCUUGAGGAGCCACCUCCAGUUGCAGAGGGCCCCUCCACACAGGAGCCAGAGCCCGAUGCCCACCCAGGGGAAGGAGCUACAUCCUCAUUCCUGGACAGGAUCCAGCAGUUAAGCAUGGCUGAGGAAGGGGGCCUGGUGGAGAGAGUGGAGUCUGAGGGCAGCGAUGAGGCCGAAGAAGACAGAUCCCAGCUGGUGGUUUUGGACCCAGACCACCCCCUGAUGAUAAGAUUCCAGGCUGCCCUGAAGAACUAUCUUAACCGGCAGAUAGAGAAACUGAGGUUGGAACUUCAAGAGCUGAGCGUGGCCACCAAGCAAAGCCGAGUCCAGCGGCAGGAGCUGGGGGUGGACCUUUACGGGGUCCAGCAGCACCUGGCCCGCCUGCAGAUGCAGCUGGAGAAGAGCCAUGACCACCACUCGAUCACAGCGUGUGCGAGGCGGCAGAAGGAGGAGGAGCUGCAGAGUGUGCGCUUGCUCUACACCAGGACCUGCGAGACCGCCAGCGAGGAGCGCAAAAAGUUGGCAGCUCUGCAAACCGAGAUGGAGACCCUGGUUCUGCAUCUCUUCUACAUGCAGAAUAUAGACCAGGACGUGCGUGAUGACAUCCGCGUGAUGAAGCAAGUCGUGAAGAAGUCGGAAGCCGAGCGCAUGCGGGCCGAGUUGGAGAAGAAGCAGCAGGACCUGCAUGUGGACCAGAUGACCACCCAGGCCAACCAACUGGAAGAACAAAUUGCCCUGUUGGAGGCCCAGUACCGUGCACAGGCUGAGGACACCCAGACACUCAGGAAAGCAGUGAACGAGGCCUGCAUGGAAAUAGAUGCCAUCAACAUGGAGAAAAAGCGCAUCCUGCAGCAAUGGGCCACCAGCCUGGUGGGCAUGAAGCAUCGCGACGAGGCUCACAAGACCAUCCAGGAGGCACUCAGUGAAUGCCAGCAUCAAAUCAAAUCCAUGGAUGGUGAGCUUGAAGCCUAUAAGAAAUCAAUCACGAAGGAGGAAGAAAAGAAUGAGAAGCUGGCCGGCAUCCUGAACCGGGCAGAGACAGAAGCCAGCCUGAUGCAGAAAUUGACAUCGCAGUGCCUGGCCAAGGAGGAGGCCCUACAGAAUGAGUUCAACACCUACAGGCUCACCCUGCUGGACACAGAGGACUCACUGGGCAAGGCCCACAUGGAAUACACGGCGACCAUGAGAGAAUUGCAGACUCUCCACCAGACCAUCCAGCAUGAGCUGGAGCUGAGGAGGAAUAUGGACACCUCCAUCAUGGAGAAACUGCAGGAGCACAUGACCUCCAACAAGAUGACCAAGUACUUCCACCAGCGCAUCCUGAAGCUCCAGAAGGAAAAGACCAACCUGGUGACACAUCUUUCCAAAACUGAUGGUGACAUUGCUCAGGCCACCCUGGAUAUCACGAACACAAAUUGCAGGCUGGACAUGCAUCAGAAGACGCUGGCCGAGCUGGACAAAGAAGUGAAAAAAGUCAACGACCUCAUCACCAACAGUGAAAAUGAAAUCUCCAGGCGCACCAUCCUGAUUGAGAGAAAGCAGGGCCUCAUCAACUUUUUGAACAAGCAGCUGGAGCAGACAGUUUCCGAACUCGGGGGGGAAGAAGUGGGGCCCCUGGAGCUGGAGAUCAAGAGGCUGAGCAAGCUGAUCGAGGAGCACAGUGCCAGCGUGACACAGGCCCAGGUGACCUGGCUCCGGCUGCAGCAGGAGAUGGUGAAGGUCACACAGGAGCGCGAGGAGCACCUGGUCUCCCUGAACAUGUCCAAGAAGGAGAUCCACAUCCUGGAGCAGAAGAAAAUACGGAUAGAAAACAAGAUCAACCAGGAGAAGAAGGAGCAGAAGCAGAUCGAGCGGCACAUGAGGGACCUGGACAACGACCUGAAGAAGCUCAACGUGCUGAUGAACCGGAACCGGUGCAGCUCCGAGGAGCUGCAGCAGGACAACCUGGCCACCGAGGGCGAGUUCGUGCGCGCGCUCAAGGCCUCGGAGCGCGAGACCAUCGAGAUGCAGGAGAAGCUGAACCAGCUUAGCGAGGAGAAGGCGGCCGUGCUCAACAGCCUGGUGGAGGCCGAACACCAGAUCAUGCUUUGGGAGAAAAAAAUCCAACUGGCAAAAGAGAUGCGUGCCUCAGUGGAUUCGGAGACGGGCCAGACGGAGAUGCGGGCCAUGAAAGCUGAGAUCCACAGGAUGAAGGUCAAACACGGGCAGCUGCUGAAGCAGCAGGAGAAGAUGAUCCGGGACAUGGAGCUGGCCAUCGCCCGCAGAGAGACCAUCUCCACCCGGGCCGAGGGGCAGUGCAAGAUGGACAAGAAGCUGCUCACCCGGACGGACUUCCACCACAAGCAGACCGAGCUGCGACGGAAGAUCAGGAACAUUCUCAGAGCCACCGAGGAGUGCACCCAAACCAUCCUGGAACUGGAGGAAACUCAAAAAUCCAUGAAUGACUCCCUCCUGGAGAAACAGGAGCAGCUGUCAAGGAUGCAGGCUGAGGCCGACGAGCUCGAAGCUGACCAGGACCGGCUGGCGGCCCUCAAGCGACAGAACCUUUCCAUGAUCGUGGCCCUGCAGACACGCCUCAAGCACCUGCAGGCCGUGAAGGACGGGCGGUACAUCCUCCUGUUCCACAAUAAGCAGUCACUGCUGGCAGAGCUCAAGCGUCUGGAUGAACGGCUUGCCAGCAUCAGCAACAUCCUCCACCACGUGAAGGAGGAGUACCCCCAGUUCCAGGGGGCCUUACUCAAGGUCAGCCGGUUCAUCAGCAACAGGAUGGAGUCAUCCGGGCCCUAGAGAGCGCCCCCCAAGGAGGAGAUGGGUUUUGUAUAUCAUCAGGGACUUUGAAUCUUUCUACCCAGAGAAACCACUUAAGAGAAACAGGCCAGCAUUGUAGGAAUUUUUUUUCAGCCACCCAGCAGUUUAAACCAAGUCAAAGCCCAACAUUUCCAGUUACAUUUCGAGGAGUCUUUAAACUUGCAAAGGCAGUGUCAGUGAACACAAACCCGUGUGCCCACAUGGGGCUUACUCCUCCAAGUAAAACUGGAAACCCAGGUCCCCUCUGCUCCUGCCCCCACUCCCAGCUUGGGUUAAAUCCGGAUUCCCAGCUUAUAGAAGCAAGUCCAGGGGGAUGUGAACCCCUGGUUGCGUCUGGGAGCCUAACACCGAGAUAAAACCACGCAGGAGCGUGACCACAGACCUCCUGCUUGUCCUGGGCCCUCCUCCACCCAGGGCUCCUCCCCCCACACUCUGAUUCCUGAGCACCUGAUACCUAUGCCUUCUCCGCAGUUUAAAGAGAAA